CCAUUCUGUGGAAUGUCCAUCACUGCUGAAUUCUUUAACAGUUUUUAGUGUUGCUAGGAAGCAGCAUGGGCCUGAAUGAAAGCAAAGAGUCGGGCCUUAACAGAGAGUCUCCUGAAAGACAGCAGGAGGAAGAUGAGACGGCGGCCCUUUUGUGUGCAGCUGCAAGGAAGGGUUGCUAUGACAUGACCCAGCAGCUCCUCUCCCAGGGAACAGGGGCCAUGAACAGCCAGGAUGCCACUGGCAGAACCCCACUUUUCUGGGCCACAGAAUACAGACACGAGAGACUGGUGGAGCUGUUGCUGUCCCAUGGGGCAGACCCAGAUGUCCGUGACAAAGAGGGGAAUCUUUGCCUGCACAGGGCGGCCUAUUUCGGCUCACCCACCAUUGCUAGGAUGCUGCUGGAAGCUGGCUCAGACUUGAAUGCAACAAACCAUUUGGGUAACUCACCUCUUCACCUGGCAGCCCAAGAGAAAUGCCACGAAUGCCUCAGCCUUUUCCUGGCCUGUGGCGCAGUCUCUCUGAAAAACAAAGCAGGGCAGCUGCCCCAGCAAUGCACCCAGCUCAGCUCCCCCUCUUGCAGGGCUCUGCAGGCCUUCUCUGCCCAGUUGCCAGGUCAGGUAGAGCAGAUACUCAGCAGGGACAUCUCCCGGGGCUUCGAGCAGGUUGCCGUUCCCUGCCUCAAUAUGGUAGACCAGGAAUCCUGUCCCAGGGAUUUCCUCUACAUCACAGGGAACAUCUUAUCAGGCUCAGAGCUUCUUCCCACAAAAACCUGGGAUCAAAGUCAGGGCUGCCGGUGCGAUGGAGGUUGCACUGUGGCCAGCUGUCCCUGCAUCCUGCGCAGUCAGUGUUCCUGGACCCUCACGGGUGGCCAACUCAGGCUGGAUACCACUGGCACAGCCCCUGAGAUGGGAUCCAUCUACGAAUGCAGCAUGCUUUGUGCUUGUCCCAGGUCCUGCCCCAACCGGGUGGUGCAACGUGGGCUCCGAACCCAGCUCCAACUUUACAGGACAGCUGCCAAAGGUUGGGGUGUGCGCACAGUGCAGGAUGUGCCCCAUGGAGCCUUCCUUUGCCAGUACUUCGGGGAGCUGAUUUCCAAUACUGAGGCUGCACAUCGAGAGGAAGACACUUACUACUUUGUGGUGGACAUGCAGGAUGGGCAACAAUGCUGCCUCGAUGGGCGCUAUUAUGGCAAUGUGGGGCGUUUCCUAAAUCAUUCAUGUCAACCCAACUUGGUGGCCCUACAAGUUGCUCUGGGAUACGACAUCCCUGGGAUUGCCUUUUUCAGCACACGAGCCAUCCAAGCUGGUGAAGAACUUGGAUUCGACUACGGCGACCAGUUCUGGGAGGUGAAAAGCUGGAAUUGCACCUGCCUCUGCGGCUUCCCCGGCUGCAGACGCUUGGCGAGGAGUCCCGCUCGUCUUCCUUCGCCGGCCGCGGGAGACCCCGGCUCGGGGCCCAGUUCUCCCUGCCCUUCGCGGCCUCCGCUCCGCGGCUUCGCGCUCAAGACCAAGCGCUCGAACCCCCUGAAGAGAGUCACCCGUUCCCGCCUGGCUCGCGAGUCUCGGCCGCCCUAGCGCUGCCCAGGGCCUCGCCUGCGCUUCUCGAAGCGCCCCAAUAAAGAGCCCGCCAGCCCCG